UAUUCAAUAUAAAUAUGAAUUCAUUUAUUCAAUGUUUCAUACAACAGGCAAUCAAAAUGUCAAUAUCUGAGACAUAUGCUUAGAAGAUUCCAAACAUAUUUGAAAUCAAUACUCUAUUGAUGAUAACUUUCAUAUUGUUAUUUGUCUGGAAAAUAAUUACAUUGAAAACUAAAACAUUUGCAAAUCCACUCAAGAUCUUAGGUAUAGCUACUUUGAAACUAAUACACUAUGUUUCAUCAUUAUAUAGUCUAAUCAUGUUUUCAUUUUUGAUGUAACAAUCUCUUAUAUAAUAAGUUCAUACGUGGCAGAUUAAUUGCCUUUUAGGAAUCUUAACAAAUUCAAAGUGAUAAAAAUCUUCUUUGUAAUUAUCAUCUUCUUUUGGGGAACAGACAUAAAUCUAUUUUCACUUACUAUAGUAACUCUAAUAGAAAAAACUACUAAAAAAGUCAUUUAAUCACAUUAAAUACAGAAAGAAGAUGAGAUUUCAACUAUUUUAUCAUAUAUAUUAGCUUUAGGUAUAAUUCUAACAGUAUCUAUUUAUGAAGUAUUGUUAUUGUAAAUCAUUAGAUAUUUAUUUCAGAAGAAUAGGAAGGAUUUAAUAUAAUGGAAUUCCCUAUAUUCAAUUUGUUAAUGAUAGGUUUAUUCUUUUUGGGUUUACAGAAAAUAACCUACAAUAUCACAAAAGACUAACACAACAAAUUUAUAGGUGUAAUAAUGUGUCUUUUAUUUUUGAUUUAUGAAUUGAAAGAUAAAAUAUUUGAUCCUUUCAAUCAUUAAGUGAUGUGGGUAAGUCUUUUAAUUUUAGCUACUAUAAACAUCUUUGAGAAUACUGAAGAAGAUUAAUAAUUGAUAUUGAGUAAUAAUCGAAUAGUUGGAGAUGAUGAAAUUUCAUUUCAAGCAUUUAUUAAUCAUUUAUCAAAUAAUUCAGAUUCAAAAAAGUUAAUGAUAUAAUUAUCUCUUAAUUUUUCAUUUAUGUUUGUAGAAUUAAUUUAUGGUUGGAUUAGUAAUAGUUUAGGAUUGAUCACAGAUUCAUUACAUAUGCUAAUUGAUUCAAGUGCAUUAGCAAUAGCAUUAUUUGCUAGUUUUAUGGCCAAAAGAAAAGCAAAUUCAACAUAUACAUUUGGUUAUGAAAGAGUAGAAAUAUUAUCUGGAUAUGCAAAUGGUGUAUUUUUAUUAUUUGCAGUUGUUGAGAUAAUAUCUGAAUCUUUUGAAAGAGUAAUUACUCCUUAAGAAGUUCUUCCUGAAAAGAUGUUGGUUGUAUCAUUCUUAGGGUUACUAGUUAAUGUAAUUGGAUUAUUUUUCUUUCAUAAUCAUGGACAUAUUCAUUCAGAAGAAGUAGAUGAAUAAUUGGAAGAAAAACAUCAUCAUCAUUGUUCUCAUCAUCAUGAUCAUAAUCAUAAUUUAUCUGGUGUAUAUUUACAUAUUCUAGCUGAUGCUUUAGGAAGUGUUGCAUGUAUCAUAUCUGCAUUGCUUAUAUAUUACUAUUAGUUUCAUAUGGCUGACCCUAUAGCUUCAAUCAUUAUUUCAUUACUCAUUCUUACCACAACAAUUACAUUACUUAAAGAUACAAGUAAAAUAUUAUUGAUGCAUGUACCAUUUUCCGGUAAAAAAGUGUUAGCUGCUAUUUCUCAUGAUGUAAUUAGAAUUAUAAUUUAUUUUUAGUUUAAUCAUAGAGGAUUUGAACCUUAAGAAAUGAAAUUAUGGUAAUACAAAGAAAAAAAAUUAGUUUUUACAGCAAGAUUUCAAAUAAAAUAAGAAGAUGAAGCUUAAAUCAAAUAAGAAAUAGAUAAUAUAGUUUCAAAGCAUAAAGAAGUUGUAAUUAAUGCAAUUGAUUUUGAUUAUGUUGACUGA